AUGGUGAGGCUGCCCUUCUCAUCGCCGCCGACGACUCUUCAGGAUACUCGCCGCCCAGCGGAGCACCUACUGAAAGCCAUGGAGACCAAGGGCAGCCGAGAUCUUCGAUUUGGCGACCUCUAUCACGGCUUCAUGCAGGAAUACGAGGACCUGCAACACAUGAAGAAAGUAAAUACCUCAACAACAACGGAGAAUUUCAGAUGCUACUUACCGCAUCACGGGGUCCUGAAGGAAUCGAGCACGACGACAAAGCUCCGAGUCGUGUUCAACGGCUCUCAGCGCACACGGGCCGGUACUUCGCUCAACUCGCAGCUGCUGACUGGGGCAAACCUUCUGCCAGCGCUCACCGACGUGUUGCUGCGAUGGCGUUGGCACCGGUACGUCUUCGUCACCGACAUCGAGAAGAUGUACCGCCAAAUCCUCGUACAUCCUGAGGACUGCCGUCUCCAAACAAUCUUGUGGCGUCACAACAAGACGGACGAGAUCGGAGAGUACGAGCUGCAGACGGUGACCUACGGCAUGGCGUGUGCACCGUUCCUGGCCAUCCGAACUCUGCAACAACUUUGUGCGGACGAGGGAGCGCAGUUUCCUCAAGGUGCCACAGUACUUCGGCUUGAUUGCUACGUCGACGACGUGGUCACCGGCGCGGACAACCUCGACGAUGCCGUCAACCUCCAGACGGAGCUGCGCAACCUCUGCAUGGCGGGCGGAUUUCCACUGAGGAAGUGGGCCUCGAACCAUCCAGAGGUCCUCACAGGAGUCCCACAGGAGCAUCGGCUGCAGCAAGGACCACAUUCCUGGGAAGGAGAGAGCCAUUCGACAUUGGGCCUGCGAUGGCGUCCUCAAGAUGACCGGUUUGCCUUCGCAAUACAUCCUCGGCCAGUCAGCAAAUUCACGAAGCGACGAGUCCUCUCCGAAACUGCACGCCUAUUCGACCCGAUGGGCUGGCUCGCGCCUGUCGUCAUUCGGGCGAAGAUCCUAAUCCAAAGCACCUGGCUUCAGCAACUUGAUUGGGACGCUCCACUGCCGGCCAAGGAUGCUCGACAUUGGCAACAGCUGUUGGAUCAGUUGCCGCUGCUCAGGCACAUACGCGUGAAUCGCUGGCUCAGCACCGACAACGAUCACUCGAGGUUGCAGCUCCACGGUUUUGCUGAUGCUUCCGAACGAGGAUACGCCGCAGUAGUCUACCUCCGCACCACUGAAAGGGGAAAACCGUCAAUUAAUCUACUCAUGGCGAAAUCCAAGGUCGCACCCGUCAAGCAGGUUUCGUUGCCGCGACUUGAGUUGUGCGCUGCUAGCCUACUCACCACGCUCACGCUGCAUGUCCGCGACAUUCUCGGCUUGGCAACUACUCCAGUAUAUCUGUGGUCCGAUUCCCAGGUCACGCUUCAUUGGAUCCAGGGACACGCCACUCGCUGGAAAACUUUCGUCGCCAACCGGGUAGCUCAUAUCCAGACACAGCUCCCGGACGCUCGAUGGAGACACGUAGCCGGGAAGAAUAAUCCUGCAGACUGCGCAUCGAGAGGAAUUACUCCUGGAGAAUUAAUCAACCACGCAUUAUGGUGGACUGGACCUACCUGGUUGGCACUGGACGAGACAGCAUGGCCCAGCUCAGAGGUCCACAUCGCAGAGGAUGACCUUCCUGAACAGCGCACCACCAGCCUGAUGACCAAGGGCUCCGUCGUCGUCGAACCGGACAUCCUUCUUCGGUUCUCUGCGCUUCAUCGGCUGCUACGCGUUACGGCUUGGUGUCGUCGAUGGCUCAACGUGGCGAGCCGGGAGGUCACACCUGGUUGUCCACUACACCCCGACGAGCUGGACGCCGCCCUACUCCAGUGGCUUCGAGUAGUACAGGCGCUCCACUUCCCGGACGAGAUAGCUGCUGCCACCGCAGGACGCUCCGGCCCACCACGCAGUUCACUGAUCAAGCUGAAUCCGUUCAUCGACGACCAAGGUGUACUGCGCGUUGGAGGACGUCUCAAACACGCACUGCUGCCCUACGACGAGAAGCACCCGGUGAUCAUACCGCCGGCCUCCUGGAUGACGCGACUGCUGAUCGAGUCCUGCCAUCGUCGCUCUCUGCACGGCGGCGUCCAGAUGACACUCGGUCUGCUUCGCCUUCGAUUCUGGGUACCACGCGGAAGGACCGUCGUCAAGCAGCAACUGCAUCGGUGCGUCACUUGCACUCGCUGGCGCGCUGCCACGCCACAGCCUCCAAUGGGCCACCUUCCUCGGGACCGAGUGACGCCAACUCGACCUUUCUUGAGCACUGGACUGGACUACGCGGGACCAAUUUCCAUCCGGACCAGCAAAGGACGCGGACACCGCUCACAGAAAGGAUACAUCGCGGUCUUCGUCUGCUUUUGGUCGAAGGCCAUCCACCUCGAGGUCGUCUCGGAUUACAGCUCCGAGGCCUUCAUCGCCGCCUUACGCCGCUUCGUCUCUCGCAGAGGACUGUGUACGGACGUCUACAGCGACUGCGGCACAACAUUCGUUGGCGCCGAUCGCACCCUGCGGGAGCUCUUCAAGGCGUCGACCUCCGAGGGCCUUCACAUCGCCCGCGCCGCCAACACUCAAGGGAUCCGCUGGCAUUUUAAUCCGCCAGCGGCCCCUCACUUCGGUGGUCUUUGGGAGGCUGCCGUGAAAUCCACGAAAUUUCACCUCCGCCGAGUAAUCGGCGACACCACGCUCACUUUUGAGGAGCUUAGCACACUCCUCACACAAAUCGAGGCGUGUCUUAAUUCUCGUCCGUUGCAGGCUCUGUCAGACGAUCCAGACGACACUUCAGCACUCACUCCAGGGCACUUCAUCAUCGGCGCGCCUCUAUUAGCUAUACCUGAGCCGUCACGGAUCGGACAAUCAUCAUCCACGCUGUCACGCUGGCAUCACCUGCAGCUGAUGCGAGACCAUUUUUGGCAGCGGUGGUCGGCUGAGUACGUGCACGGGCUCAACCCCCGCACCAAAUGGGUCAAGGCCGAGGCCGCACCUCACGUCGGGGACCUUUGCAUCAUCCGCUCGGAGCUCACCCCUCCGACUCGAUGGCCUCUUGCAAGGAUCACGAGACUGCAUCCCGGGGACGACGGUGUCGUCCGCGUGGUCUCAGUACGCACCGCCACAUCCGAAUUCGUACGCCCGAUCGUUAAAUUGGUCAUGCUCCCGGGCGCGGAUCGUAUUCCGGACACGAAUAACGCGGACACGCCGUCCGCCGGCACGUAA